AUGACUACUUCAACAGUUCCUCCGAUGGCUCCGGCGAUGGCAACCUUCCCUCCACUGAUACCUCCCUCUGAUGCUGCUCCUCCUAGUGUUGCGUCUUCAUCUACAAAUCCUGAAGGGAUCGGUCAAGCCAUGCUCUCAUCUUCCUCUCCAGUCCAUCAUUCUUCCCCUUUGCCUGCCAUAUAUUUGAGCAGUCGAGCUCCUCCUGUCGGCAUUAAUGGUGGAUUCAGAGUUCUUGUUGCCUCCACAACAACAACUUGUCAACCUUCCCAAUUGGAUCGUACCUAUCACUUGGGAACUGGAGACAACCCUAAUUUUCUGAUUUCUCCAAAAAUUCUAACGGGUCAAGAGAACUUCCAAUCAUGGAAGAGAGCUGCUUCAAUUUCUAUUGCAGCAAAGAACAAAACCCAGUUCAUUAAUGGGUCUCUGCCCCAACCCCCUCCUUCUGAUCCUUACUUUGAUGCUUGGGUUCAAUGUAACAGUAUGGUCAUGGCUUGGUUAUUGCAAUCUGUAUCUCAAGAAAUUGCAGCCAGCAUCAUGUUUCAAGAAUCGGCGAGCGAUAUGUGGAAUGAUCUUCAUGAGAGGUUCAACCAAGGAAAUGGUCCUAAGAUUUUUUAG